UGGGACAAAAAGUGAGGUUAGGAUCGAUUCCUAUCGUGGAGCUUAUGUGUAGUUACCGUAAUUUUAAUUGAUUCUGACAUUUUACAAUAUUGCAGUUGUUUUUUAGUGAUUUUUUUAAGACUAUAGCUUUCUUAAAAGCUUGUUGAAAUAUUAUUUUCAACCGCAACUCACCCUGAAUGUUAAACCUGUCACCUGUAAAUCUUCGAACAGAUGUCACGAGACAUUCUCUUCUUUAAAAUUGCAUCUUUAUAAGUUUGUUAGAUUUUUAAAACUAUCAUCCUUCAUCCCUUACACUGUCUAGAGAUCAAUUUAAAUAAUGAGUAAAUACUCAAGUGAUUCAGACUCUUAUGAUAGAGGGCGCAGCAAAAAGAAGCAUAGGUCUCGAAGGUCCAGCAGUAGAUCGUCAUCAUCUGAUAGUCGCAGCUCUUCCAGGAGACAUGCAAAGUCUCGUUCAUACCAUAAGAGCAAAUCCAAAUCCAAACACUCAGAUGUCUCUAAAAGCAGCCGCAGAUCAGACCGAAGAACAUCAAGAGACCGAUCGUCUCGUAACAAGCGCUCCAGAUCAUCAUCUUACACCAAACGGUCUCAUCGUUCAAGAUCUUCCUCUUCAAGUCGUAGAUCCAGAUCUCGAUCUGUCUCAAAGUAUCGCCGUUCUUACUCUAGAAGUCUUUCAAAAUCCCCCAAACGCUAUCGAUCUAGGUCCAGGAGUAAUAGUCGAUCCAAAAGGUACCGGAAAAAGUCUUACUCAAGAUCCAGAUCCAAAUCGCCGAGAAGGAAAGACAAGAAACAAAAGAAAAAAUCAAAGAAGAAGUCACGGUCCCCAUCUCGAUCAUCAUCUACAUCUUCUAAAUCAUCGAAGUCACCUAGAGAUAAGCGUCUGAGUCCAGAGAGCCUUGUUGAAAGGUUGAAGCGAGUGAUUUCAGAUGCAGAUGAUUCGCUCAAGAAGAAAUCUUUUGCCUCCAUAGAUAAUUUAUACAGUGAUGCAGCACCAAAAAGCGAUGUAUUAAAUGAAAUUAACUCCUCUGGCUUCAAGCCUACUGCUUUUCAACCAAGUGCCUUAAAAGAAAAAUCAGCCCCUGUAAUGGUUGAUUUGACAGAAAAAACCUACGCUGGAAAUCCUCCUCCUAAAGAUGAUGAAAUGGCGGAUAGUAUAUUUCAUCCAAACUUAUUGCUAGAGAACAAAUCAGACAAGCUUAACAGAUGGGUGAAGAAGCUGUUUGCAUAUCGACAAAAGGCUCUUUUCAAUGGAGAUCUACAAACAUAAAAUAAGGCAACGAAGUAUCAUAUCUUUCAAUAAGAAUGAAGAAAAUGGUUUACCAGUUCCACAGGUGUUAAGUGAAUUUGUUACCUAUUUGUUUUUUUGGCGACUAUUUCCUGAAUAAAUUAUGAGUACAGAGAAA